AUGAACCGCCGGGCCCUGAAGCUGAAGGAGGAGGAGUGCGGGCUCUGUCACCGGGCUGACUCCAACCCCGACACCUAUGGGCAGAAAUGCCAGCGGGGUAAGCUGUGUGUGCACGAGAACUGCCUGUACCACGCCAGCGGGCUGGUCCAGAGGGGGAAGGACGAGGAGGGAUUUUACGGGUUCCUGUAUCCGGACAUCAGGCAGGCAUUGAAGCGGGCAGUUCAGAAGACCUGCUGUGUGUGUGGCUGCAAAGGGGCGUCCAUCGCCUGCCAGGGCAGAAAGUGCACCAAGAACUUCCACUUCCCCUGCGGCUCCGAGAAAGGCUGCAUCUAUCAGUUUUUCGGGGAGUUUAAAUCCUUCUGCUGGAAGCACCGGCCGGUGCAGCGAAUGAGACGGCGGCAGCAGCAGGCGGAAACGAUCUGCAUCGUCUGCUUGGAGACCAUGCCAGGCAAACCCUCCUAUAGCGCCAUGGUGUGCCCAGCUUGCAAGCACGCCUGGUUCCACCGAGACUGCAUCCAGGGACACGCUCUCCGCGCUGCCUUGUACCAUUUCCGAUGCCCCAGGUGCCGGGACAUGGGGACAUUCCAAAGAGAGAUGUUUCGAAUGGGCAUCAAAAUCCCUGACAGGGACGCCGCCUGGGAGGAAGACGGCGCGUUUAGCGACCAGUAUGACAGACACAGCCACUGUGAUGCCAGCUGCUGUCUGUACGUGGGUGGCAGAGAGCAAUUCGCAGACGACGGCCCGUGGCAGCUGCUGCUGUGCAACUCGUGUGGCUCCCAGGGGACCCACCGCCGCUGCUCCUCGCUGGGGGCCACCAAGGGCACGUGGGAGUGUGAGGACUGCGCAGAGCCCACAGGGGCAGACACCAAUACAUUUUUGCGAGGAGUGUGGUUAAGUCCCAAUGGGUCGGGAUUUACGUUUGUGUCGGGAUCCUGGUUUCUGAAGUUCCUCAACUCUGUCUGA